UUUCCUUCGUGGAUUAAUCAAUUUUAAAACUAAAAACUCUUCAAAAUGAAAUUCGUCGUUGUUUUUGCUACGCUAUUUGCUGUAACAGCCGCUGCAUUGCUGCCCCAAUCACAAGAAUCACAAGCGUAUAUUGUGAGCCAAUUUUCAAACAUUUCACCGGAAUACGGCACCUAUGCAUACGCAUCAUCAACUAGCAAUGGAAUUUCUUCAUCCGAAUCUGGUCGAUUGAUUCAAGGUCGAUCACUUGAACAAAGCCCAGCUUUGGCCGUGCAAGGACAAUAUAGCUAUACUGGACCUGAUGGAGUGCUAUAUACAGUGCGAUACGUGGCCGACGAAAAUGGAUUUAGACCAGAAGGUGCUCAUCUUCCCGUUGCUCCAGUUGCUUAAAUUUUCAUGGUGAACCAAAUAAUUGUACAUAAAUGACUUUGAUGAAAGCAAAAAUAAAAUAAUUGAAACAUGAA